GGUGUGGUCCGACAGUGGGAACACGGAGCGGAAAGGAAGCAGCAGCAGUAUCGAUCAGUGAUUAGUGGAACCUGAUGGAGGAUCGAGUCUCUGAGCCCAAACUGGUUCUGGUCUUCAGCGGGAAGCGGAAGUCCGGGAAAGACUAUGUGACGGACCUGAUCCAGAACCGUUUGGGCUCUGAUGUUUGCUGCGUGCUGCGUCUGUCGGGACCUCUCAAACAUCAGUACGCUCAGGAACAUGGUCUGGACCUAGACCAGCUGCUGGGUCCUGGUCUUUAUAAGGAGCAGUAUCGGGCUGAUAUGAUUCGUUGGGGAGAGACUCGACGGCGGCAGGAUCCCGGAUUCUUCUGUCGCCUAGCAACCAGAGGAGCACAGCAACCUGUCUGGGUGGUGAGUGACGCCCGCCGGCUGUCUGACCUGCAGUGGUUCUGGUCGGAGUUUCCUCGACAGACUCGAAGUGUCAGAGUUCAAAGUUCAGAAACAACUCGCCAACAGAGGGGGUGGAGCUUCACCGCAGGUGUGGAUGACGCAGAGUCAGAGUGCGGGUUGGACAGCGGGAUUGAAUUUGAUUGGAUCAUCAGUAACGAGGCCGACGCCCUCUCGUUAGAGGAGCAGCUGCAGCCGAUCCUGAAGCUGGCAGAGGAAGCUGCUGACAAUCACUGAUCAAUAUAUGUCAAUAAUCAAGUCAAUAAUGACAUUUUUGGGGCUUUUUAUGCCUUUAAUUUGAAAGGACAGGUGAAGAUACACAGGAAAGGGGUGAUCGAACCCCGGGCCACAUUGUGCCCCACUGAUCAAUAUUUUUAUUGAUAACUGAUAAAGAGCAACAGGAUUCACUGUCUCUUUUCUGACCAGGUUGCAAAGGCUGCUGGGAGAUUCUCACCUGGACCGUUACACUGUAAAAACUAUAAUAAUAAUUAAUAUAAUACCAAUAUGUCUGUUGAUGAACUGAUAUUUAUGUUUAUUGAUUUGCGGUGGAAAGUAACGUUUACUGCAGCGUUCACUAGUAGAAAGUGUUCCACAGCUGCAGAUCAGUUUAUAGAACCUGACAUCCUGUUAUUGAUUACUAACAGUAUCUGUCCAUGAUUUAAAGGAAAGUAGGACACUUUCAAAAUAAAAGACGGGACUGAUUGAUUAUCUGUGUCUAUUAUGGUUGAUCAAUAAUAUUUCCUAAUAAAGACAGAAUUGAUUAUUA